UUAAAAUUCUCGCAAAUGCACACAAAAACGAAAAAUUUUUAAUAUCGGUAUGCCAUGUUCUACGGAGCUAUGAAAUAAAGGAUUUCGCGGUUAUGCUAUUCGAAAUGUCAGGUUAGAAAGGUAUUGCCAGUUGUAUGAAGUAAAUCUACGUACAUCACUAUUGAAAAUGUUGGCAUUCACCUCUAUUAAAAUUUUCAUGCGUCUUCAACGAAAUCAUGACGGAACAAAUAAGCACCGAUUGCUUUCAUUAAGUCGUACCAUUUCUCUCGAUGAACGACAACAGAAAGAAAUGGAAAUGAAACGAAAGGAAAUAAUGGCACGCGGUCUUCCGAAACAGAAACCUUUGAAAGGUGUUAAGCAAAUUGUUGUUGUGGCAUCUGGGAAAGGUGGAGUAGGUAAAUCUACGACUGCUGUAAAUUUAUCGUCCGCUUUAAAAAUUGUUGAACCAAAAAAGUCCGUUGGUUUACUCGAUGCUGAUGUAUUCGGUCCAUCUAUACCGUUAAUGAUGAAUAUUCGACAGUCCCCCAUAGUUAAUGAUGCAAAUCUCAUAGAACCUCUUAUAAAUUAUGGUGUAAAGUGCAUGUCUAUGGGCUUUUUAACAGAUGACAAGUCUCCUAUAAUUUGGAGAGGGUUAAUGGUAAUGAGUGCAAUUGAUAAAUUGUUACGUCAAGUAGCAUGGGAUCCGUUGGAUUAUCUUGUUGUAGAUACUCCACCUGGAACAGGAGACACGCAUCUUUCAAUUAUACAAAACCUUCCAGUCACUGGUGCAUUAUUGGUAACUACUCCUCAAAAAGCAGCUUUAGAAGUAACUAGAAGAGGUGCUAAUAUGUUUAAACGUUUAAACAUUCCAAUUAUUGGAAUUGUGGAAAAUAUGAGCAAUGUUGUAUGCCCAAAGUGUAAGAAUAAAAUAAUUCUUUACAAUGGUGGAACACAAAUGAUUGCUGAAGAACUUGGUGUGCAAAUUAUACAAACUAUUCCAUUGUCAGAAAACAUUGUUGAAAGUUGUGAUACUGGUAAACCAAUUGUGCUAUCUACACCAGAAAGCAUUCAUGCUGAUGCAUAUAAAAAUUUAGCAGAGCGUGUAAUUUUGUUUUUAGCUAACCAACCAUUAAACACUUCCGAAAUGAAUGAUAAAAAUCCCACUAGCAUUCAUUCUGACACAAACGCCGAGAUUUAUGAUAUUCCAAUGAACAUACUUAUUCGGCCUAUUCUUCCAAUUGUCGAUGAAGAAAAGGUUCAAAGUUUAAUAGAUACAUUGUGCAAUCCUCAGACAGAGUCGUCUGUACCACCGAUAGAUGUUUUGUGGAUUAAAGGAAACGAAGGUGGCGAUUAUUAUUACUCUUUCGGUGGAUGUCAUCGAUACAUAGCACAUCAGAGAAUUGGAAAGCCAUUUAUCAAAGCCAAAUUAGUACGAUCUACUAUAACGGAUUUAAAAUCUUAUCUUGGCGGUUCUACGCCAAACUUAAAAUGACCGUAUUUAUACGUAGUUAUUAAUUUGAUGCGGUUGCUCGUAAAAAAAUAUGGCGGUACGUACAUAUAUGUAAA